AUUUUUUAUUUUGAUCAAUAAAAAAAAAUUUUUUUGUCACAUAAAUCCAAAAUUAUCAGAUAAAAUUAACACUAUUUGUUCAUAAUGGAUUCUCGUAAUAUGCCGAUCGAUGAAAAGAAUUUAUUAGCCAAUUAUCAGGCUUUAUUAGCUGCACAUCAUUCUUCAAAUGGACAACAAGCGGCUAAUUUGGCGGCAAUGAUGGCUGCAGCGGCUGCUGCUGCUGCUUCUUCUGCAUCAUCGUCAUCAUCAUCAUCAACAACAACUACCGGCAAUAAUAAUUACCCGAUACAAUCGACAAAUUCAAAUCCUCAUUAUCAUCAUCAUCAUCAUCAACAACAACAACAGCAGCAGCAGCCACAACAACAGCCAAUAUCAUCGAUCCAACAGCAACAAUUAUCAAUGCAAUAUAUGGCUUCAAUGUUACAACAGAAUGAUACAUUUAAUGUGAUACAGAAUGCCAUGGCAUCAGGUGUUCCAACAUUACAUUUGCCGACCAUAUUUUCCUAUCUAGGCUAUACCAAUACAUUUCAACCACAGAACAAUGGACAACAACAAGGACUAAAUCCGAAUGGUCAGAAUGGGCAAUCAUCAUCAUCGUCGUCAUCAUCGAAAUCGUCAAAAAAACAAUUAGAAAUUAAAUAUGGAAAAUUAAUGGAUGUUAUCAGUGAAAUUGGCCGUGAUGUACGACCAUUAUAUACUGGAUCAAAAACUGCUUCAGAUCGUUUACGGCGUCAAAUAAAUCAGGCUAGACAUUUAGUUCGUGAAUGUCUUAUGGAAGUGGAUCGAAGAUCUAAUCAUCAUCAAAAUCGAUCCACAUCGGAUUCAAUUCGUAAUAGUAACAACAACAACAACAACAACAACAAUAAUAAUAAUAAUUAAUUAAUUA